AUGGUGAAGAUUAUCCAGGCGUAUAAUUUUGCCAAGCAGCAAACAUAUGCACUUAAUGGCGAAAUACUUUGUGCCACCUUAAUAGGAUGUAAUCGUAUCGCUAUUAGCAGUGCGGAGCCGUUCAUUGAAAUUUACGAUAUUGGAAGCAAGCAACUGGAUCAGGAUCUACAGCAAGAUCUGUCUCCCCAGUCUGAAGCAGAAAGUGGCGACGCUCCGAUAUCCAACGAUGAACGCUUGCCGGCUAAAUACAUGCUGGCCACUGUUGGCGAGGUGGUGCAGCUGAUAUACUGUGAGGCAGGAAAAUAUUUGCUCACGUUGGAGAAAGAGCAAGCGGGCAGUCCGGUUCAUUCAAACAGCACCAGCAUUAGCUGCACGUCUAGCAGCAAUAGCAACAAUGUGACAAGCGAGGAAGACAGCAAGAUGUUUGUACGCAUCUAUGCGAAUUUCUGGAAGUUCCCGGAGGCCAAGCUCAACGAGCUUCCAAUUACUAUACGCAUAGCCUCGAUGACCACUCCCAAGGCGCCGCUGGUGGAGAGCAUAGAUGUUAUUGAGCUGCCAUUGCGUAGUGCGCCAGAGCUCGUGCAGUGUUGCCAAAACUCUGGUAACAUCAUUGUUAGCAGCAAGGACCGCAUUUAUCUCUACGAGUAUACACAGUGCGUGCACGAGAACACCCAGCCCCGUUUUGCGUUUAUCGACUUCCUGCCUUUUAAGUUCUUUGUACAGCUUAAUUUUGUGCCGUUGCGAUUGUGCCUGGCAGAAAAUGUGAUCGCGUGCCUGAAUCAUCGAUAUUGUGUGGCUUUUAAAGUAAUGGAUGCUUUAGCCAAGACCAGUGCGGCAGAUGAAAGCUGCAUAGAAAAUGACGCGCCAGAUGAUCCUGUCUCUGAGAGCCUAAGUAUUGGCAGCAAGGCAAGUGCAGGUGGAGAGGCCUCUACACGCAGUCAGCAUAGCUGUGAGAGCGACUCGCUGCAAUCAUCGAACAGCGCACGUCCUGUGAUGUCGAACACGGCUCUAGGACUAGCGGGCCGCACGCCCGUUGAUUACAAUGUUGCACGUUUGCUAAACGCAGCCUAUGGACAAGAGUUCGAAGUAGAGUUACGCUCGCAGUGGGACCAAUGCGAGAAUAGCCAGUCUCAUAACGGAGAAGAAAAUCAGGAAAUCACAAUUACGCCGACGCGCGUUAACGAUAUCAAAAUAAAACUAGUCAACGAAGCCAAGGCUAUGAACGUACGAGGGAUUUCGGGCGUUUCUGGAGAAGAUGAUUGUGUGCAGUAUGAUGUUCGAAAGUUGCUGCAGAUAUGCAUGCGAACGUCGGAGCCGCAGGCGCGCGUCCUAGACAUAUUGCGCUGCAUGGAUCUGAAGGCGAUUUACCAGCGCAGCGAACAGGUAGUCCCUCUAGAUGAGGAAGAUGAGUACGACAUGGGCAACCAGCAGGUUCCCAGCGCUGUUACUACAUUCAAACAUGCCAAUCGUCGCACACUUAAGUCGCCGCUGCACCAGCGCUGUGUUGGCUAUGCUCUCCUGGUAGCUAGUAGUGUGGAUGGCUAUCUAUAUCAGUUUUGUGCCCAAGGCAAGUGGUAUAGCGAGAAUGAGAAACCAGUGGCUAGUUAUUCUUUCACCGCACCCGUGUUGCAUGUCCAUAUAAAUGACUAUGUAGUGUACGCUAUAACAUCAGAAUCUGUGGAGACACACACUUCACGCAUUGGGCACAAGCUGUUCCACAAUCGAUUUGAGUAUCCCAGUAUUGGUGCACUGUUUCCGGAGGAGUCUAGCCCCGACGUCAAUGCAGCUAUAUCCGUUAUCGGAUUAGCCGCCUUUAUUCACGUACAGCUAGUAUGCGUUAGCCGUGAGCAACUGGUGUUGAUCACCAAUGGCGCCCUGGAGUUAGCUAAGCGUCGCAGCACAGGCGAAAUUAUGCCCGUUAAGCGGAACAUAGCUGCCAGACUGAUCGCUGAGGCCAAGGCCAAGCACAGCAGCUUACUGCGCAGCAGUAGCAAUGCAACGCAGCCACAGUGUGUGGCUAACGAGUGGACCUUGUACAAUCUGGAGAUACCGCGCGUUGAGCACAUUGUCGAAGAUCUUGAAGGCAUGGCCGAGUCGUAUCGGAGUGCGAGUUCAAGUAAUUUCUACGAUCUCAUGGAGGAAGCUCAUGUCAUGCUGAGACUUAGCCUUACGCUUCAGGGCGAAAGACUGGCACCAGAGCGAGAGCAACAACUUAGGUUGAAAUUCAAAACUAAUUGCCGAAAGCUAGCAGAUUUUUCAAUACGCUCUAAUAAGCGAGAGGUAUAUCUGCAGGCCACUGGUUUCUACAAUAUGUGUCAUCUACAGCUCGUGGACAUCUAUAACAAUUAUAUUACGGAAUGCAUGGGCACCGAGCAGCCUUUAGAAGCGUCGCAGCUUGUCGGGUUAAUUUACACCGUCAAGGGUUUUCUGCUCAGCUUGGGAACUGAUCGCCUCAAGUCCUCCUAUUUGCAUCAGACUGUGAACCCAUACUUUACACCAGCUCGCGUGUUGCAACAGGGCUAUAAGCUGGUGCCGCUCUCUCUCGAGUUUCUUAACAUGUUUAUCAAGUACGCACCUGCAGACAUUCCACAAGUCAUGCUCUGUUCUCCCGUGGUGGCCGACGCCAUGAGUGGAGAGCUUAUCAAUUAUUUAAAGUACUUGACUUCUUUAACACCUGAUGAGAACUUGCUAUUGGCUGUUACCGCUUGCCGCAUGUCGAAUUAUUUAUUAGCCCAGGAAAUCAUUUCCAAAUCUACGCGUCGGAGUUUAGCUAUUGCCUUGAUCAAGCACAAGAAUGUGCUUUUCGAUGAUAGUACAGUGCUUUAUCAGCGCCGACAGCAGCCGGAUGUUGGAACGCGCAAGCGCACGCGAUGCACGCAACCUAAAAACAAGUCGGAAAAGACGUCUCCUGUUCCGACUAUUAUAUCGUUUUCGGAUUUUUGUGAGACGAUUUUGCUGCCCAAUGAGCAGCCAGGUCUGAUCGAAGCAAUCAGUGACGCCUUCAUACACGCGCUUUGUAUUGAGCACAGUCUUAGCUUGGAGGUACUGUUACAGCUGUUUCUUAAUUACAUUGCCUCGCACAUUGGACAGAAAGGUUACCAGACCUCGCAAAAGGUGUUCGUCAAUAUUCUGCAGGUGUAUUUCUACGAUUUGUACGAUGUGAGCGCGGCGCUACAGACUCACGAGGUCCGAUCACACACACCACCUCAGUUGGACGACGACUAUGACGAAGAAUUCAACAGCAGCUCCAGGGCGGCUUCGAUGCACAGUGAACGCGAUGCGGACUCUUUGGCUAAUUCUACGGGGGCUGAGUCAAGUUCCUGCGACGAACGCUCCAUCUCAGUCUCAAAUAGUGGCCGCCACCAAAGGAUUGUUUACGAUGAAUUGCAGGAGCAGCAGUCGUCUUACAAGCGUAACUCGAAUGCUUCACUAUUUCAGUCACAAAAUGAUGCAAAUGGUGAUAUAAGUGCUACCAAUCUCAAGGGGCUUAAAAUACUUUUUCGCAUGUAUAUGGGUCGCCUGAAGGCACUCAGUGAUCUCAUAACGGACCUGCAAUCCGCUGAUAUUGAGCAGCAGUCCAGCCGCGAAGAUUUCCUUAACUUGCGCCUCGAAUGCAUUUCCUAUAUGGUAGGCAUGGCGCCGUAUUAUUGUGCUAAGCCUAGUAUAAGGAGCCCUGGAGAUGCGUUGUCCGGUAAGCUCGUUUAUGUGCCAUACAUACCUGAUUAUAAACUGAGUGGGGAAGAGUACGAGCAGCAUAUUACAACAUAUAUAAGACCCAUUCCAUGCUUAUUGGAGAGACCUCAGUAUUUAAAUCGACUACCGCCUUUUGAGCGCGGCGACUUCAGCUACCCAAACAAGGACCAGGGAGAAUUCGAGGUGCACUUUACUGGCUGGCACAAUGAGCUGUUAACACUGACUCUGAAGGUACAGAGUCUGCUGAGUUCGAGCAAAGCGGGAAAGGAGCUUAUAUCUGAGUUUUUGGCCUUCAUUCAAAAGACUCCGCAUCUAAUAGGCAUUGAUAGUUUUUUGGUGAUCGUGCUUCCGAAGAACUUGGCCAUCAAUUAUAUGAUGAACUUUUGUCCUGCUUAUCUUUGGCAAUAUGGCAAGUCCUGCGGUUUUACGCCCAAGCACUGGGAGUCAUUACUUCGCAAAAUACUCAGUAAGCAGGAGACACUACCAAAUUGGAAGACCUAUAUAACAGAAAUACUCAACAACUUGGUUGCCGAACUUAGUUUCGAGGAUCUGCUGCAAUGUUUCCCUAGUGGCGUCAUUGAGAAUCGCACCACUGAAUACUUUGCCAAAGAAUUUGCUGAUACCUGUGUGACUUAUGAGCAUGAGAAGCUGGUUUUUAAAUCACAACAGACUACAGUGGGCUCCAGGGAUCACCUACCGAUGGAUAACAUUGAUGAGCAGAAUGUGUUUGAGUUGACGCUGCGCAAGGCGGUAGCCAAACAACGUAGCAUAGCCCUGCGCUCUAUGAUAGAGUCGACGGGUACACAGCUUUUUGAUGCAACGAGCAAUCCUAUGUAUAAUCUGUGAAGCGCCGAGUAAUUAGUGGUACACAUCGUUUCUAAGUAGUUGAGCGUAUAAAUGUAUCAUUUAAAAAAGUAUAAAAAUAACGAUUUUAAAUAAGCGCUAAGGUUGUUUCCUCUACUACUCAUUCAUAUACUUGUAAAUGUAUGAAGUGGAGCAAACGUAAUUUAAGCAUAAUAUCCACCCACAAUCACAGUUCAGUAAACAUAGUUUGUAAUCUUUGAAGCAGCACUAUUCAAGCAAAUUCCAAAUUCCGUUUCGCAAUGCAAAGUUUCGUUACUAGUUUGUUUCAUUGCGAAAAUCGACUUAAAAUGGCAUAGCGACAUAUCUCCGCCGAACUUAAAACGAAAUAGCUCCGAUCGGAGACGCUCGAAAACGACAUAACUCCGCGCGGAGAUAUGUCGUUUAUAGUUCGACUCGCUCGAAAAAUGCGAUGUUCUAUGCGGAGAUAUGAUAUUCAUCUACGUAAUGGGCUCUAACUUUUUAUAGCUAAUUAAUUUUACUAACCCAACAGCGCCAUCUUUUGUAAAGCGGGUUAUUCAUGAUGAUUGUUGGAUUUUGUAAGAAAUUAAUAUAUGUAUACCAGAAAGCAUACAUAUUUAAAAAUAUCGACAUUAUUUUCAAUAUUCUUACACAAAUAAAAACAAGAGCAAUGGAAUACUAGAGUUCUGCGGGUCCGACUCUUAAAACCCUGUACCCACUUGAAAACAUAUGUUUUUUCAAUUUUUUAUUUUAAUUAAAAUUAAUUAAAUACAAAUAAUAAAAACAUA